CACCAUGGGUCCAUCACUAGGCCGACGAUAAGGUAUUAUUUGGAAGUUUAGAUGUUAAGCAGCAGUUUUAACUGUGCGGUCUUCAUCGAAGCAACGUAUUCACAUCGUCAUUUGCGUAAGCUGCCUUUGAAUGAACUUCAUAUAUAUAGAGGUUCUAGUACUUCGCUUUUGCGGCAUCGCAUAUCUUUCGUACUCAAAUUGUCAACCAAAAUCGCUUCAUAUAUCGAGCCCUCUGAUCAACAAACCUAUAUCGCUCUUCAUCUCAGGAAUUAACAUUCAACCAUGUCCCACGUCUCUGUCACGCCUCCUGUCAUGAUUUCAGAGAGAAAUGCAAACGUGCUGCGACCGAGUUUACAUCGGCUUCCUACUGCUUCAAUGCACACCAAGCGGAAAAUUAUAUGCUUCUCCGACUUUGACGGCACUAUCUUCAUGCAGGACACCGGUCACAUUCUGUUCAACAACUUCGGUUGCGGCUCCGAGCGCCGCGCUGAACUCGACGAGCAGAUCCAUUCCGGAGAGCGUUCUUUCCGCGACGCAUCGGAGGAGAUGUGGGGUUCCCUCAACGUGCCGUUCGACGACGGUUUCGAGGUCAUGAAGAAGGAGCUGGAAAUCGACCAGGACUUCCGGACGUUUCACGAAUUCUGCCUCAACAACGACAUCCCCUUCAACGUCAUCUCGGCGGGCCUCAAGCCGGUGCUGAGAAGGGUCUUGGACCACUUCCUCGGAGAGGAGCAGAGCGCAAACAUCGACAUCGUCGCCAACGACGCCGUCAUCCCCGCCGACGGCGCCGGAGGGUGGACGCCCGUCUGGCUCCACGACACGGAGCUGGGGCACGACAAGAAACGCAGCAUCAGCGAAGCCCGGGCGCGCGAGCAGCUCGCAUGCGAGAACGGGACGGUCCCGCUGAUCGUGUUCAUCGGCGACGGCGUCUCCGACCUUCCCGCCGCGCGGGAGGCCGACGUCCUCUUCGCGCGCAAGGGCCUCAAGCUCGAGGAGCACUGCGUCCGCCACGCCAUCCCGUACUACCCUUUCGAGUCGUUCGCCGACGUCCAGGCCCGCAUCAUGGCCAUCGCCAAGGCCGACGAGGACGCAACCAAGGGCCGCGGCCUUCCCGCGACCUUCAACCCUAGGGCGAACAUGUGGAGGAGGGCGAGCUCGAAGAAGGCCGUGCCGAUCUACAAGGCUCUCACGCAGCGGGAGGAGAGCCUGCUCGUCCGGCCAGAGUUGACCACGCUCUUGGGAGCCGGCAGAGCGGCCGAGGGCACGAAUGUCACUGCAGUUGCAGCAUAACGGAAAAAGCCGCUUUUCUUUCUCAAGCGUAUAAGUAUAGCAACGGCGUUAUUCUUUGUUCCUUUCUUUUUUUUUUUUUUGCUUUUAUUU